UUCACAAAACAAGGAGAUGUGUUAACUUUAAUCGAGCUUUUGGCUUGAAUAUCUGAAUUCAUCUGUAUCAAGUGUUUCGCCGUAUUGACCGUAUCGGCGCCCCGGUCGGCCAGCCGUAUUUGUUUACAAAUGGUGAAUAAAGUAGCGGCUCGUUUGAACCUUAUUUUUUUUAUAGUGUACACGCCUCUUUCGUGCGAUUAUUGCGUACAGCUGCUGAGCCGCAUGUCCGCCGUGACGAACUGCUUCAGCUCAAUAAAUUAUUAUUUUUCGUGACCUCUGGUUAUGGAUGUGAAUCGACGCCGUUACAGAGAAGCGUCUCUUCGGACGUUCGAACCAUUCCUAAAAGAAUAUGACUCGCUGCUGCGUUAUAUACUUACUGAGGUGCAGCACUUUCAGAACGUAAUAAAAUCACUCAAGAAGGACGCGCUCAUCCUCGUCGCUAGCAAUCGCUGCCUCCACCGAGAUCUGAGACGUCAAGUGGAACAAAAUUUAGCGUCCGAUCCGCCCCAUAGCAAUCAACUUCUAAGAGAUCUUCAGUCUCAUCUGGAUAUUGUUACAGAGGACAAGAAUAUUACAUCCAAAAUGCUCCAAACAGCACUGCAGGAGAUGGACCGCCUUGAAACCCAGCUAGAGGAAAAAAAGGACUUUGUUGAUAGAGAUACCUUCAACAAAUCUAUAGAAAAGGUAAAGGCUGACUAUGAAAAUAGGCAUGAGGAAACUUUUCGUGAGCUAGAGAAAACUAAAAAUGAGCUCUUUGAGACCCAGAAAAGCCUUCACAACACAAAGUUGCGUUUGACACGCUACAGUGAACCAGUAUGCGUGAUUGAAAACCAGCUCCAGGAGAAGGAAAAGAAACUUGAUGAGGUUCUACAGUGCCUACAACAAACUCAGGAGAAACUCAUUUUGGCAGAAGAAGAGCGGACCGAUGCGAUUUCAAGGCUUGCAGCAGUUGAAGCUCAGAUGAAUAAAUUUAAUGCAGAAAGCACUAACUAUUCGCAAGAGUUGAAGUCCUGUCAGAAUCGAAGCAAGGCACUACAAGAACAACUUAGCUCUGCACUGGAACAUGCGCAGGAGAGCGUCAGCAUUGCAGAGCGAGCACUCCUUGAGAAACAAGAAGUGCAGCUGAGGUGUGAGCUGCUGGAAAGUGAAGUAAUGGAGUUAGGAACUUCACUUGAAGCUGUGGUGGAGGAGGCUGCUCAUCAUACAGCAAGUGAGGUGGAGAAGUUUCGUGAGAAAGGAAACCAGCGUAUAAAAGAACUCGUCAAGCAAAUUGGGCAGCUUCAGCAGGCCCUACAGCAGCAGCAGUCACUCACAGCUCACCUGUCUGAAGAGAACAGCAGACUAAGGGAGGAGACAGGAAGGCUUCAGAAACGCCAAGCUGACUUGAAACUCAACCGUGACCCUGCUUUUCAGGCACUUAGCCAGACACUGACGCAGGCUGAAAGGAUGUGCCAGAAGCAUCGACUUGCUGCCGAAUCACUGCAGGACAAGUUGUUACACCAAGAAAAACAAAGUGCAUUCAAGAUAAAGCAGAGGGAGCUGGAGAUCCAACGACUUCAGAGUUUACUACAGGAGGCUGAGAGACAUGCUGAUCAGCUGCAGCAAUCAACGGUUGAAACUGAGAGCCAAAUGGCAGAGCUCCGCCGAAGAGUACGCACUUUAGAAGCAGAGUGCAUUGCUCUGCGAAAGAGACAUCCUGCUGAGGUGGCUGCCCUAACCGAGGCACUUGAACAAGAGAAGCUAGUCCAUGGUGCGAAGUUACAACGGAUGGAAGACACUCUUGAAAAAAAGCUAAUGAAUGCACAGGCACUGCUGCAAGCACAGCAGGCUGUGAAUGAUAAGUGGAAAACAGAGGCAUCUAGGAUGGCAUCAGAGUUUGAAACGGAGUUAUUGGCUGCCCGAAAAAAGAUAUCUGCACUAAAGAGGGUGAACAUAGACUUGCAAAAGAAAGUAUACCACACAGCAAAAGAAACUCUCAAGCUGCACCUACUAGUGGCAACUGAUUACUUCCCUUAUCCUUAUCAAGGACAAAAGAAAAGGACAUGUCUGUCAUCAAAGACAUGGAAGUCAAGUGAAGCAGAGUGCAACAGCACUGCAAGAACGUCACACAUUAUCUGCAUAAAGGAGGCCCAGAAAAGAAUGACUGCCGAUGACUAUAUGCUGUGAAUAAAAACUAAUGAGUCAGUAUUUGGAAAACUGCCAUGCUUUCAUAUGACAGAUUUAUUUGGUCACACUUGUGACUGCCUCCUCCAAGUGGCACUCCAUGACAGCUGGAAAGCGUGUUCCCACGUCGAGCUCCUCUUUCAAUCCUCGAGGAAAAAGAAGUUGCCACUUUUCUUUUGUUCUGUGUCCUGUGAAGAACAAACAAUGUGGAUGUUAACACAGCAA